CCAGUUGAGCCAGUUAUUGGAAAACAACCAAAAAAAACCUAGUCGGCCGCUACCUACAAAUUCCGAACUUUCAAUAAUUUUUAUGAACCAUGGCCACAGAGCUAGCGACUCGAGUCUUACACUCCCUCAACGACUUGUCAGCGUUACCUCUUGCCUCCAGCGAGGCCUUUCCAGAUGUUGAGCCUACGGUGCUGAAGGGAGCUCUGGACUCACUCCGAAGCAGGGAGAUGCUCGUCUAUGAGACAAUCGACCGCGAAGAGCCGGUCUUGACAGAGGAGGCUGAGGAAAUUGUAAGGGAUGGAAGCCAUGAGGCGAAAGUCUACGAAGCGGUUUGCGCUGCUAUGGACGGUAUCAAAAUCAGUGAACUGCCCAGAAUCGUUGGUGGGACUACCGCGAAGGUUGGUCAGGGGAAAGCUUUCAAGGAGGGAUGGAUCAUGAAGGAUGGUGAUAGGUUGCUUAAAAAGGCAGCUUCGAUUCAAGACACUACUCGAGAUCAAUUGGAAUUAAUCAAAGCCAAGCAAACUAUGCCCGAGCCGGCACUUCUAGUAGAGCUGAAAAAGAGGAAGCUCAUCACUAUGCAGAAGCGCAUUAGUUUCAAGAUAGAUAAGGGACCAAAGUUUGCUCUGGAGGUUGUGAAAGAAGAGACAGAUCUGACACCAUGUUCAAAUUGCUUACUUGGAGCCCCCAGUGGCGCCUGGAAGGGCAAACCCUUCAAGCCUUAUAACUUUGCUGCCUUGGGCGCACAUACUCCCAGUGGAGCUUUGCACCCACUAAACAAGGUUCGCAGCGAGUUCAGGAAUAUCUUCUUUGAGAUGGGUUUCACAGAAAUGCCAACCAAUCGUUUUGUCGAGACAGGUUUCUGGAAUUUCGAUACCCUCUUCGUGCCCCAACAGCAUCCCGCCCGCGACCUGCAAGAUACCUUCUACAUCUCAGAUCCUGCUGUCGCCGAUAAACCCAGAGAUGACGAAACAGGAGAGUUCCUUGCCGAAUACUGGGAGAAUGAGGAGUCUCUUCGUCUAGUUCUUCGUACACACACCACUGCAAUCUCGGCAAACAUGCUUCAUAAGCUCGCCAAAAACCCACGACCUGCAAGAUAUUUCUCCAUCGACCGCGUCUUCAGAAACGAGACUGUUGAUGCAACUCAUCUCGCCGAAUUCCAUCAGGUUGAAGGUGUGAUUGCAGACUACAACCUUACACUUGGAGAUCUUAUUGGCUUCAUGCAAGAGUUCUUCCAGAAGAUGGGUGUACAUCGGCUGCGUUUCAAGCCGGCAUACAAUCCCUAUACCGAACCGUCAAUGGAAAUCUUCGGUUAUCAUGAGGGUCUCGGAAAGUGGGUUGAGAUUGGCAACUCUGGCAUGUUCCGGCCGGAAAUGUUGGAAUCUAUGGGAUUACCUAAAGAUAUGCGAGUCCACGGAUGGGGAUUGAGCUUGGAACGCCCUACCAUGAUCAGAUAUAAGGUCAAUAAUAUCAGAGAGUUGGUGGGCCACAAGGUUGACCUAGGUUUUGUGGAGGGCAAUGCAGCAGUUAGGCUGGAUAGAGAUUAGCUCGAAUCUAUAAAAUAGACGAACGGGCACUAAAAUAAAGCGGUUUUUUAUUAUCCC